CUGCCGAGUGGAGGGCAGCGGCAGCUGCAGAGCGGAGGGCAGCAGGAGCUGCAGAGCGAAGGGCAGCAGGAGCUGCAGAGCGGAGGGCAGCAGCAGCUGCAGAGCGGAGGGCAGCAGCAGCUGCAGAGCGGAGGGCAGCAGCAGCUGCCGAGCGGAGGGCAGCGGGAGCUGCAGAGCGGAGGGCAGCAGCAGCUGCAGAGCGGAGGGCAGCAAGAGCCGGUUUGGGUGUUGGAUGUGGAGAUGGCGGACGAGGCUUGCACCGAUGAGCUGGAAUCAAGCCCCAUGGAGGGGGAGAAUGCCAACCCUGAUUCCCCGGACCAAGCGGAAAGGCCCCGAGCCGGAGGGCAGCAGGAGCUGCCGAGCGGAGGGCAGCGGCAGCUGCCGAGUGGAGGGCAGCGGCAGCUGCAGAGCGGAGGGCAGCAGGAGCUGCAGAGCGGAGGGCAGCAGGAGCUGCAGAGCGGAGGGCAGCAGCAGCUGCAGAGCGGAGGGCAGCAGCAGCUGCAGAGCGGAGGGCAGCAGCAGCUGCCGAGCGGAGGGCAGCGGGAGCUGCAGAGCGGAGGGCAGCAGCAGCUGCGGAGCGGAGGGCAGCAAGAGCCGGUUUGGGUGUUGGAUGCGGAGAUGGCGAACGAGGCUUGCACCGAUGAGCUGGAAUCAAGCCCAAUGGAGGGGGAGAAUGCCAACCCUGAUUCCCCGGACCAAGCGGAAAGGCCCCGAGCGCGGGGCCGGGGCCGGAGGCGACGGGCAACCAAACUGCAGUAG